AUGGCGUUGAGAUCAAUCAUUGCCUCGGCGCUGCUGCUUACUGGCGCCGUCUCCGGCGACUGCUCCAACAAGCUCGCCGUCAGCUACCCCGCGCCCGUCGCCGCCCAGGGCUGGUCCUACCAGCUCGUCGCCAACGGCUUCACCAAGCCCCGCGGCAUCCAAUUCGACAAGGACGGCGGUCUGCUGGUCAUUGACGCCGGCGCCGGUCUCGUGCACCUGAGUCUCAAAGACGAUGGCAACACGUGCGUCUCCGUCGACAAGAAGACGACGCUCCUCGCGAGCAGAGAGCUCAACCACGGCAUCGCGUUGACAGAGGAUGGUAAGACGCUGUAUGCUUCGUCGGCGGACAAGGUAUACGAGUGGACAUAUGACUCCAAGACGGUUACGCUUGGUGACGCCAACCGCACCAUUGUCACCAACAUGAGCAACUCGGAUCACACCACGCGCACGCUGCUCCUUUCCCGGAAGAAGCCCGGCAUUCUUCUCGUCUCCCGCGGGAGCCAGUCCAAUGAGGACAGCAACGCCGAGGACCUCGACUCGGGCCACUCGCAGAUUCGCAGCUUCGACCUCUCCCAGCUCGGCUCCGGCUCCGGCUCCGGCUCCUCCUCCUCCUCCUCCUCCUCCUCCGUCACGCCGUACGCGUACCUCGACGGGCACGUCAUUGGCUGGGGCCUGCGCAACUCGGUCGGCGUGGCAGAAGACCCUUCCUCCGGCGGCCUCUGGUCCGUCGAAAACUCCGUCGACCAGCUGCACCGCAAGGGCCGCGACAUUCACCAGGACAACCCCGCCGAGGAGCUCAACUACCACGGCACCGUCGGCCAGGACGACGACGGCGGCGGCGGAAACAACAGCAACAACAACAAGACGCAGGGCGGCAACUACGGCUAUCCCGUGUGCUACGCCAUCUGGAGCCCGGACAAUUUCCCAGACCUCGGCGCGCUCACCACGGCGUCGCAGUUCCCCGACGACGACGCCCCCGGCAACGUCACCGACGCCGCCUGCAACGACGACUACGUCGCCCCGCGGCUCGCCUUCCAGGCCCACACAGCCCCGCUCGACAUCAAGUUUGACGCCGACGGCGCCUACGCGUACAUCUCCUUUCACGGCAGCUGGAACCGCGAGGCGCCCGUCGGCUACCGCAUCGCCCGUGUCGCCUUCAAGGACGGCCAGCCCGCCGCCGCCAGGGACAGCAUGGACGCCGCCGUCGACGUGCUCGCCACAAAGGAUCUGUCCAACUGCCCGGACAGGUGCUUCCGCCCCGUCGGUCUCGCCUGGGACGACAAGGGCCGCCUGUGGUUCUCGUCGGAUAGUACCGGCGAGAUUUUUGUCAUGCAGCACGACGGCAGCUCUGGUGGUGGUGGGAAUGGCAAGGACGGGAAAAGUGUCGCAGGUCGUAGAGCCCCCGAGCUUGUUGUUGUGGCUUUCGUCGUUACUGCCGUUGCUGCUUUUUUGUCAUGA